CGGCAGCCAUGAGGCGGCCCGCAAGGAGGCGAGCGAGCCUCUCGGCCAACCUGAAAAUCGGGGACUGCCCGAAAUGCUGCCUCACCCAUGAAGAGGAUGAUGCGUUCAUCCCCUUUGCCCAGGAGAAACUGGUCAAGCCAUGGGGUUCGAUGCACAACGUAGCCGAGGGAAGCGAAGAGCGCCCUGGCAGCCGGUCCCGGCGCAGCCAGUACGUCCUCAACCUCAACGUGGGCGGGAAGUGUUUCCAGAUCGCCUGCAAAGUGGCCGCCCGGUACCCCGUCACUCGGAUCGGCCAGCUGGCCCUCUCCACCGACCCGACGAAGAAGCUCUCCCUCUGCGAUGACUACUCGGUGCCCAAGAACGAGUACUUCUUCGACCGGGACCCCCUGGUCUUCCUCUACGUCUUCCACUUUUACCGUAGCGGCGUGAUGUGGGUGAUGGAGGAGCUGUGCCCGGCCAACUUCGUGGAGGAGAUCGAGUACUGGGGGGUCCACAUGAAGUAUGCCCAGCGCUGCUGCCGGAUCCUCUUUGAGGAGAAGCAGGACGAGCUGAACGAGCACCUGAAGGUCCAGCGGGAGCUGGAGGCGGAGAUCGCCCCGCUGGAGCGAGAGGAGACCUUUGAAGGCCAGUUCCUGGGUGGGCUGCGCAGGGUCAUCUGGAACCUGAUCGAGAAGCCCUAUUCCUCCAUCCCGGCCAAGGUCAUCGCCAUCAUGUCCAGCUUCUUCGUCCUGCUCUCCAUCGUGGGGAUGACCCUCAGCACCGUGGAGGAGAUGCAGCACAAGACCAGCAAGAAGAUGAUGGAAAUGAUGGAGACGAUCUGCGCCGUCUUCUUCACCCUGGAGUACCUCAUGCGCCUGGUCUCGGCCGCCUCCUUCCGGCAGUUCCUGCGGGCCGCCUUCAGCGCCAUCGACCUGGUGGCCAUCCUCCCCUUCUACAUCCAGCUGCUCUUCGAGAACCUGGGCGAGGCCGAGGGCGACUACCACGAGGAGCUGCACAAGAUGCGCAGCGUGGGCAAGCUGGGGAAGGUGCUCAAGCUGAUCAAGCUGAUGCGCAUCUUCCGGCUGCUCAAGCUGGCCCGCCACUCCACCGGCCUGCGGGCCUUCGGCUUCACCAUCCGGCAGUGCUACCAGCAGGUCUGCUGCCUCCUCCUCUUCAUCGCCAUGGGGGUCUUCACCUUCUCGGCCCUGAUGCACUCAGUGGAGCAUGAUGUGCCCGGCACCAACUUCACCAGCAUCCCGGAUGCCUGGUGGUGGGCAGCCGUGAGCCUCUCCACCGUGGGCUAUGGGGACACGGUGCCGGACACGCUGCUGGGCCGGAUGGUGGCCUUUGGCUGCAUCUCCUUCGGCAUCAUCCUCAACGGCAUGCCCAUCUCCAUCCUGUACAACAAGUUCUCCGACUACUACGCCAAGCUCAAGUCCCACGAGAUGGAGUACACCAGCUCCUUGAAAACCUCCCGCAAGCUCAACCUCAAGGGGAGAGCCGUGCGGAAAUUCCGGGACUGCUUCUGCACUGAGUACGUCGGCCCCCCGCCGCCCGCCGGCUCGCAGGGCUACCAGCCCCUCCACCAAGGGCACCCCGUGGCUCACCAGCCGCCCCACUCCGUCCCCCAUUCGCCCCGGGUCCCCGGCCCCGGGGUGGACCUCUCCCACUUGUACCCGGCGGCCCACCUGACGCCCCUCUCCGGCCACCGCACCCAACCUGACCCGUACGUCUUCCACGGGAGACACUCCGUCUCCAAUUCCUAGAGGCCGCCCAGCGGCUGGACUCCCCGGCGCCUCCUCCAGGCCCGGCAAGAGAGACGACAUGCACCCAAGCGCCUCGUUUCUGGACUGGUGUUGUUGCUUUGGGGAGAAGCGCAGCCGGACAACCCCAUGAAAACCCAAACCAGGGAAAAGGAGAAAGAAAAAAGAGAUGGAUUUUAAAAAAACUGUUGGAAAAGGCUUUUGGGAAGAAUCCGGAGUCAGCCUCCUGCUGGAGAUCUGACCACGUGGGAUCCAGAAAGAUAUUCCUGGGGGUGGCCACCAAGAAGGUCCUGCAUCGUCGGCUCACCGAGGGAGGGCGAGGCACGGAGUGGGACCUCCGAAGAGGACCCAGAAAACCUCAUCCCACUGGAGGUAAAGGAUCACCAGGGAAAGUUCCCAAGAAUCCAGUUCCCAUCUGCCCCAGCCAUUGCAGGCCGACGGUAGGAGAUGAUAGGCGCCAGAGUGCAGCCACAUCCCGAGGAGGGCUGCAUCCCUUCCCCCCUGACCUGCUGCUCGUGACCUGGAGCUUAUGGGUGGUUCAUUUUUAUCUUCGCACACCAUCAGCCAGGAGAGGAACUCUGCCGAAGCAGACAGACCGGGUGGGCCUUCUCUUGUCUGAAACCCCUGUGUUUAUGUGUGUCUUUUUUCUCUCUGGAACUUGCUUUUCGGGUGGUGCUGAAAUCUGCAGGUCUCCCCAAAUGCCACUUGUU